AUGAACAGAGAACCAUUGGAGCCGAUAGGAAAUCGGCAACAUCAAAUCAAGAAUGAUAGGGUCAAAAGAGCGUUAGAUUUUUUGGAAUCAAGAGUGCAAAACAAUAAGAAAGAGCCGGCUUCUAGGCCGAAAUCCAUUCUAAGAACCAAUCAACACAAUAAUGUAAUCAGGGAAGACCCUUUGCAAAGACUCCACACAAGAACCAACGAAAGGCCAGCUCACAAGGAUUAUACAAGAAAGCCUUAUACUUCCUCGUUUAGAGAUCAGAAAUUUGACCGCACAGAUACUAAGUUACUAAAUAAGCCAGUUUCAAGUCUACCAUCAAGAGAAAGGGAAGCAGACAGGAUUUCUAUUUUGGAUAGAUUGGAACUGAAGGAAAAACACAAAAGACAGGAAUUCCGUGAACAUUCUCCGAUCAGACAGAUUCCUGAACUCAGUAAGGUGCCGCUAUCCCCAUUAUUGAAGAAUAGUGGGGCCCUCAAAUCUCAGAGACAACAACAGAAUGAUCUAAUCUCCAAAACGAGAAAAGUUACGAAACCAAAGAGACAGUCAAGAGUUUUGGGUGUACUAGGAUCAAUAGGGAGUAAAAUAACCAAUUCUCUGCUUCGAGUGGACGAAAUUGAUGACCUCAUUGGCAGACACAACGCAAGGGUCGAUUCAAACCCUCACUCAGAGCCAAUAGCCAUUAAUAUUUCGAGAGAUAAAGAGAGAGACCUUACUAAGCCCAAAAGUUUAGAUCCAAAUGAGUACUAUUUUUUGGUUUGA